AUGUAUGUACUUCCAGCAAAAGCCCAAGGCAGACUGCUGACCAAGCUGACCUCCAGCGCCUGUUCAGCUGUAGCCAUCCACUCCGCAACAGCACGCAUGUCUGCCACCAGCACCGGCUCAGUUCUCUUUGCCUUGGUGCUCCUGCUCAUGCUCUGCAGCGGGAGAGCCACCGCUGAGGACUGCAGCAGACAGUGCCAGUGUGCUACCACGGAAACACCCAGCUGCCUUGUUGGCGCAACCCUGGUGCUGGAUGCCUGCGGAUGCUCCAUGUGCGCCAAGCAACUGGGCGCUUUGUGCACGAAGCGUGAAGUCUGUGACAUGCGCAAGGACCUGUACUGUAGCUAUGACUCCCCAACCAAAGGCAGGAUCGGAGUGUGCAGAGCUAAGGAAGGUGCCUCCUGCUAUGUUGAAGGGAAGGAGCACAAGAAUGGAGAGAGAUUCCAGAGCGGCUGCACUGAAAUGUGCACUUGCAGGAGUGGGAAAGUGAGCUGUAAGCCCCUGUGUCCACCAUCUAUUGGCCUGCCCAGGCCUGACUGCUCCUUCCCGCAGUUGGUCAAAAUUCCAGGGAAAUGCUGUGAGGAAUGGGUGUGCGAUAAGUCCAAGAACAACACAAUGAAUGGCUCUGCCCUUGCAGAUUUUGUGUGCUUUGUCCUCAUGGCUUACCAACUUGAAGAGGCUGUUUCCCCAGACCCAGGAAUGAUGCAACCCAACUGUCGGGUCCAGACCACAGAAUGGAGCGCCUGUACCAAGACUUGUGGGUUGGGCCUCUCCACUCGGUAUACCAAUGACAAUGCUGUGUGCAUGGAGGAACAGCAGACCCGCCUCUGCUUCCUCAGGCCUUGUGAAACUCAACUGGAAAAGAAGAUAAAGGAGGGCAACAGUUGCAUCCCUACCAUCAAAAUACCCUAUUCUAUCAGGUUGCAGUUUGAUGGCUGCCUCAGUGUGGGUAGCUACUUUAUCAAGAUCUGCGGAGUCUGCACAGAUGGCCGGUGUUGUACACCUAAAAAAACCAGCACCAUGCCUGUGGUGUUCAGGUGUCUUGAUGAACGUGGUAUCAUACAGACCAACGUGAUGUUCAUCAAGGCCUGCAAAUGCCACUACAACUGCCCUAUAGGCAGUGACAGCUUUACAUCAUCAUCCUAGAAGAUGUAUGGAGACCUGGUUUAA